UCGGCUAUUGUUCGGGAAUUUCCGUCUAACUUAUGUUGUUGCCAUGGUCUGAAGAAGCGAAAUCAACAUGGCGGAGUAAACCCAUCAAUUAAAUAAUCUUGAAGUUUACAUACAAAGAAAAUAAGAUAAGGAGAAAGAGACAGUCAUGUCUCGGUCAGUGGAUGGCGUUAAUGGCCAGAUGAAUGGCUCUCCCACCAGGAGUUUGAAUCUACCUGGUGUGGAUCAAGAGAAGCUGAAAGGACGCCUCUACUCGUAUGCCCCCAAAGAGGCAGCAGUCGUCAAGAAAUCUCUGAAAUUUGCAAGAAUAACACCAGCACAGCGCAAUACAAGAGCUAAACCUACACUGGCCAAAUUAGAACCUUUGCCUGGACUUGCCAGGUUCCAAGCCGAGCACCAACCAGAGUACAUAAGGCGUAAAGCAGCAGAGGCCCUCGGUGCAAGCAGGGGGCAGCCGGUACCCCCUCCCGUUCAGAGCAAUGGUGAACCAGACAGUAAGAAGACAAAAAGGGCUUCCUCGGUGGAGCCCCUGGAGAGACCACCCUCAUCCUCACCCUUACCAGACCUACCAGAAGACCUCAGGCAGAAACAGGAUUCUUUGGCGGGACACCCUCUGCGGUCUCCAACCCCACCCAAAGAGCGCAAGGAAACCACUUCUGGUAUGAUACCUAGGGGUGUAUCCAUGUCCUUGCCUGCAUCUCAGGGUGUGGCUCAUCUAGAAGGAUGGUCAGAUAUUGAAGGAAUCAUCAAGCUGAUUCGAGACAAACCUAAGAUUGGUUUCAUCUACAUGAGUCCAGCUGUUCCCAAGUCAUCUAUCAAAUAUCAUCCCUACAGUCUCAAAAUCGUCUCACACAAUAACAUCCAUGCACCGGACUACUGUACCAUCAGUCUUAAGGGCGUGACAAGAGUCCGUAAUGGAAGCGAUGCUGAGUUCACAGAGCUUGACCGAUGGGAGCAGGAGUACCAUUAUUACACCAAGCUCAUCAAGAUUCCUCUCUUCCACCUCUUCCGUAAAUGGAAGGCUUUCUCAACCUGGAGAAAAAAUGUGAGAUCAAGAAGGUUGACUUCAUGCAAGAAACAGCUCCAGGAGAAUCUCUUCAUUGUGAAUGCAUCACUACGACCAGCAUUGCUGAAUGUAAGAGAGAUGUGUUACAGGAUCAGUGACAUGGGCCUAUGUAAAGUGGAAAAAGGACACACCUAUACUCUCAAUGAAUUCACCAUGGCACAAUUUACUCAGCUCAAUGAGGUGUCAGGUCGCCUUGCUGAGUUCCGUGAGCUUGUCAAGGAGGUUGUAAGGAGUGCUUGUAGGACAGCUCUUCUAGAGGCAGGCUUCACACCUGAUGACUACUUCCUGGAUAAUGAAGCCAAUGGAGAGGAUGGGAUGCCACCAGGUACUGCUGACUCUAGCUACAUGAUGCAGAGCAACUUUGAUAUGGAUCUCUACCAGGAUGCCCCUGACAAGAUGACAUACACUGAGCAGGCUAACAAACGCAGUCACUGCAGGAGACUUACAUGCUUCAUUCGACUAGCUGACUACCUGAUUGUGAACACCAUGCAUGUCUUAGCAGUCAAUUCUGUCACCACACUGCUUAACUAUCUGAGAGAACAGCUUCAGAACACACCAACUCUAGCUCAGAUUCAAGGCAGAGAAGAUGAAGAAGAUGAGGAUGAUGAGAAGGCUACAACCGUUGCAGGAACCAACAGCGCAUCCUCCGUGGUCGGAGGACCUGCUGCCAUUGCUGAUGAUGGCAUAGGAGGCACUGAGCAGGUCGUACUUUCACCUCUGUACCUCACUGAGUUUGUCCUGGAGCCUCUCAACAUCCUCUUCAGUCCCAAUGUGGAUGAUUACCAGGACGGCAUCGCAGAGACCAUCAAACGCUUCCAGGAGUGUGUCCUGGGAGUAGAGAACCUUGUACCCGAUACUUACUUUGAUGCCUUCACAAGACCAAUCAUCAAUGGUAAGCUAGAGGAGAAGACAGCUGGAGAUGGACCUGGUCUGGACACCAUGUUUGAAGAUGACAAACACCUUCAGGGUGUCAUCGGGAGUAUCAGGGAUGCUGUCAACAAAGCUUUUGAUGCUGCCAACCAGUAUGCUGAUACUUUUGAAACAUUCAGAGAGUUCUACAGGGAAAAUGAGAGCACCGAUCUGGAAAGUCUGAGUGCACAGGAACCGGAUGUGGAGUUCUUUGGUGAAGCCUUGGAGCGCUAUCACUCCCAGCAUAAUAAGGCAGAAGCCAUCAAGGAGAGACGCAGUAUCGGUAUGCUGCUGGUAGACUGUAUUCAGAUGAAGAACAAACUCAUCCCAUCUCCUCUCAGAUGUCUCAAUGUUAUCAAUGACAUGUUACCCAAGCAGAGUAAGAAACAGAUGGACUUGUUGAUCGCAGAAUGCCAGGAUGCUCAGUACAAGCUUGAGGUCAUUCCUACCAGUACAUUAGAGUUUGUAGAGAGUCUCACUUUCCUGGAUGAAAUUCAGCUCAGGAUUGAUGCCUUGGAGGCGGAGUCAAACAUUGUCAAGGAGAUGUAUGAUCAGAUUGACAAGUACCACGUGCCCACCCCUCCGGAGGACUUUGCCGUCUAUCAAACCUUGACACCCUCGGUGACGGCUAUCAGGAAUGCUAUUGAUAAGUCUGUAGGAGAGAGGGAUGGCAACAUUGACAAGUUCUGUAACCACAUGGACAAGGAUAUCUCCCAGCUCAACAAGGAGGUCAAAUCGGUCAAGCAAGAGUCACAGAACCCAAUCAUCUUGGAUGCAAAUGCUGACAAAAUCAAAGUGAAAAACCUCCUUCAGAAAUUGGGAACCACUCUGAAUGAUCUACAGAAACAAGCCUUCACCUUCAAGUCAUACCAGAAGAAUUUCAAGGUUGAAGUGACCAAGUACGAGGAGCUAGAAGAGACCCACGCUGAGUUGAAGCUCAAGCAGCUGUUAUGGGACUCUCUGGAUGAAUGGGAUGUGAUGACUACUGAAUGGACAGAUGCGGAUUUCAAUGACCUUGACCCUGAGGACCUCUCAGCCAACGUAGCCAAGUACGGCAAGUCAGUAAAUCAACUUGAGAAAGGAUUGCCUCCUAACCAUGUUGUUCCUAAACUCAAGGAGAAGGUGGAAGUCAUGAGGGAAAAGCUUCCAGUCAUCGUCAACUUGAGGAACCCAUCCCUUAACAAACGUCACUGGGAGAAAGUGGAAACGAUCUUGAAUCACAAGUUCACUGCAGAGGAACCUUUGACCCUUGGCCUCAUGACCAAGCUGAAUGCCUUCAACUUCACUGAAGAGAUUGAGGAAGUUUCUGGUCAAGCUUCUAGUGAAGCUGCCCUGGAAUCUCUCCUCAAAAAGGUUGAGGACUCCUGGAAAACCACAGAGUUCACGGUUCUACCUCACCGUGACACUAAAGAUGUCUUCAUCCUGGGUGGUACGGAUGACAUACAGGUUCUCUUGGACGACUCUCAGGUCAACAUCACGACCAUCGCUAGCUCCAGGCAUGUGGGCCCCAUCAAACCAAGGGUGGAUGAAUGGGUCAGGAAUCUAGCUCUCUUCAAUGAGACACUGGAAGAGUGGAUAAACUGUCAGCGCAACUGGUUGUACCUCGAGAGUAUCUUCAGCGCUCCAGAUAUCCAGAGACAGCUUCCAGCUGAGGCUAAGAUGUUCAUGCAGUGUGACAAAUCUUGGAAGGAGAUCAUGCGGAAAGUGAACCGACUUCCAUUAGCCAUCCGAGCUGCCACACAGCCUGGUCUCUUAGAAACAUUCAAGAACAACAACUCCCUUCUGGACCAGAUCCAGAAGUGUCUGGAAGCCUACCUUGAGUCCAAGAGAGCUGUAUUCCCAAGGUUCUACUUCUUGUCCAAUGAUGAACUGCUUGAGAUUCUGUCCCAGACUCGUAACCCACAUGCUGUACAGCCACAUCUCAGGAAAUGUUUUGAUGCCAUCCAAAAGCUGGAGUUUGGUACAGUAGCUGCUGAUGGCAAGAGCUCUCCAACCGGAGACAAAGAUCAAGCCACUACGAGCACCAACGACAUCAUUGCGAUGAUCUCUCCUGAGAAUGAGAAGGUUGGGUUAGGUAAAGGUCUCAAGGCCAGAGGUAACGUGGAAGACUGGCUGGGUAAGGUGGAGGAGGCCAUGAUGUCUUCUCUCAGGCGUAUCACCAAGGCUGCUCUCGCUGAUUACGAGGUGAAAUCCAAGGAAGAAUGGAUCGCCAGCAACCCAUCACAGGUUGUGCUGACCGUAUCUCAGACUAUGUGGGCCCGAGAUGUGACAGAGGUUCUGGAGAAUACUGGGGACAGGCUUGAAGCCAUGAAGGAGUUUGAACAGACAAACAUUAAGAACCUGUUUGCCCUGGCUGCCAUGGUACGAGGAGAGCUACCCAAGCUUGUGAGAGCCAUCAUUGGAGCUCAAAUCACGAUUGAUGUCCAUGCUCGUGACAUCAUCACCAGCAUGGUCAAGAACCAAGUGGACUCCAGCAAUAACUUUGAAUGGGUCAAGCAACUGCGUUACUACUGGGACCUUGAGCUUGAUAACUGUGUAGUACGCAUGUCUACAUCACAGUACAUCUAUGGCUACGAGUAUCUUGGGGCGUCUGCUCGUUUGGUCAUCACACCACUCACCGAUCGUUGCUACCUGUGUUUGAUGGGAGCUCUACAGCUAGAUCUGGGAGGAGCUCCAGCCGGUCCGGCUGGUACUGGCAAGACAGAGACCACCAAAGAUCUGGCCAAGGGUCUAGCUAAGCAGUGUGUGGUGUUCAAUUGCUCUGAUGACCUGGAUUACAAGAUGAUGGGAAAGUUCUUCUCUGGUCUAGCCCAGUCUGGAGCUUGGUGUUGCUUUGAUGAGUUCAAUAGAAUCAGUAUUGAGGUGUUGUCUGUAAUUGCUCAGCAGCUCAUCACCAUCAGGAAUGCCAAAGCUGCCAAGCUCUCUAGGUUCAUGUUUGAAGGUCGUGAGAUCAAGCUGAUCCCUACAUGUGCUGCAUUCAUCACCAUGAACCCUGGCUAUGCAGGAAGAACUGAGCUACCUGACAACCUCAAGGCUCUCUUUAGACCCAUUGCUAUGAUGGUUCCAGACUAUGCCCUUAUUGCAGAGGUGAUCUUGUACUCUGAGGGCUUCGAAGAUUCCCGUAACCUGGCCCGCAAGAUGACGCAGAUGUACAAGCUAUGCUCCGAGCAGCUGUCGCAACAGGAUCAUUAUGACUUUGGGAUGCGAGCCGUCAAGUCUGUGUUGGUGAUGGCUGGAGCCCUCAAGCGUGGUAACCCAGACUUGGGUGAGGAUAUCGUGCUCAUCAGGGCUUUGAGGGACAGUAACUUGCCCAAGUUCUUGGCAGAUGAUGCUAUCUUGUUCAAGGGCAUCCUGUCAGAUUUGUUCCCUGGUUGCGUGCUUCCAGAGCAUGACUAUGGUAUCCUCGAGAAGACCAUCAUCGAUUCCCUACUGGCCAAAGGUCUUCAGCCGAAGCAGUGUAUGGUCAGUAAGGUCAUUCAGCUCUACGAGACUAUGAUUGUCAGGCAUGGAGUCAUGUUGGUUGGACCCACAGGGGGUGGCAAGACAACUGUCUACGAGUGUUUGGCCAAGACAUUGACGGACCUACAUGCUGCAGGAGAAGAUGUGUCGUACUACCAGCCCGUUCAUCGCUACGUACUCAACCCUAAAUCCGUCACUAUGGGUGAGCUGUACGGAGAGAUCAACAAGCUUACUCUCGAGUGGCAGGAUGGACUGAUGGGAAUUACCGUCAGGAAAGCUACUAAUGAUACCACGGAUGAUCACAAGUGGAUCAUAUGUGAUGGUCCUGUAGAUGCCCUGUGGAUUGAGAACAUGAACACUGUCUUGGAUGAUAACAAGAUGUUAUGUCUGGCAAACGGUGAGCGUAUCAAGCUAUCCAACUCGAUUCACAUGGUGUUUGAAGUCCAGGACUUGGCCGUUGCUUCUCCUGCUACUGUCAGCAGAUGUGGUAUGGUGUACAUAGACCCUGGUGAGAUGAAAUGGAAUCCUUACGUCUUGACAUGGAUUGCCAGAUUCAAGGACAAACUUCAAGAGGAAACCUACACCUACAUUCUAGAACUCUUCACUAACUAUGUGGACGACGGGCUCAAGUUUGUGGUCAAGAAGUGCAUUCAAGCCAUUCAUCAGGUGGACGUCAGUAAAGUGACUACACUUUGCUGCUUGUUGGAGGCUCUGCUGUUCCAUGAGAAGUCCAAUGUCAACCUCAAGCUCGAGACUGCUAAGCUUCAUCCUUUGAUCUGCUCCACCUUUGUCUUCUCCUACCUGUGGGCCAUCGGAGGUAACCUGAUAGAGUCCUGCUGGGAUGCCUUUGACACUUUCAUCAGGAAUCAGUUUGAGGACAAUGGUGAUGCCAAGCUCCCUAUCAACGGAGACCUGUGGAGCUGCUACAUGGACUUUGACAGCAAACGGAUGGAUCUGUGGGAGAAGAUCGUCCCCACCUUCAAGUACGACCCAGAGGUUCCCUUCUUUGAGAUGUUGGUGCCCACCAUGGAUACGGUCAGGUUUGGAUACCUCAUGGAGAAGCUUAUCCUGGUCAACCAUUCUGUUUUGUUCACCGGAACAACCGGUGUAGGAAAGUCUGUGAUUGCGCGAGCCCUGCUGGAAGGAAUUCAAGAUAAGGCCGACUAUGUUCCCAUCUUCAUGAAUUUCUCUGCUCAGACCAGCAGUCAGAGGACACAAGAGAUCAUAGAGGGCAAGCUAGAGAAGAAGAGAAAGACCAUUCUUGGUGCCCCCAUCGGAAAGAGGGUGAUCAUCUUCGUGGACGAUCUGAACAUGCCUAAGCUGGAUACCUACGGUUCACAGCCACCCAUUGAGCUCCUCAGGCAGUACCAAGACUUUGGAGGAUUCUACGACAGGGAGAAGAUGUUCUGGAAAGACAUCCAGGACGUGACCCUAGCAUCGGCUUGUGCCCCGCCGGGUGGUGGUCGUAAUCCUGUCACACCCCGUCUCAUGCGUCACUUCAGCAUGCUGUGUGUACCUACAGCCUCGGACCACAGUCUAAAGCAUAUCUUCAAGUCCAUCCUGAGUGGCUUCUUGGCUGAAUUUCCUCAAGCUGUGAGGGAACAAGUGGAUAAUAUCGUGGGAGCAGCCGUCGAUAUCUAUGGACGUAUGAGUACUGAUCUCCUGCCAACACCAGCUAAAUCUCACUACGUCUUCAACCUUAGGGAUCUCUCCAAAUGUGUUCAGGGUGUUCUGCAGGCAGAUCCUGGCAUCAUCCGUGACCAAGUAGCCAUCUUCCGCAUCUUCAGCCACGAGUGCCAGCGCGUCUUCCACGACCGUCUCAUCAACAACGAGGACAAGAAGUACUUCAUGGAGAUCAUGUCCGAGAUGGCCAGCAAGCAUUUCAGUCAGAACAUUGAGCCUGAGACGUUUGUCACUAAACCCAUCAUCUUUGGCGACUUCAUGAAAGCGGGUGCUGAGGAAGCUGACAGAUCCUAUGAAGACAUUGUAGAUCUUAACAAACUCAAGAAUGUGUUGGGUGAUUAUUUGGAUGACUUCAACAUGAGUUCGUCAAAGGAGAUGAAACUGGUUUUCUUCUUGGAUGCUGUCCAGCACAUUGCCAGGAUCAUCCGUAUCAUCCGUCAGGAGCGUGGCAAUGCUCUCCUGGUAGGUGUGGGUGGUACCGGCAAGCAGUCUCUGACAAGGUUAGCCUCCCAUAUCUGUGGCUACAAGUGCUUUCAGAUCGAGCUGUCUCGUGGGUACAACUAUGACUCCUUCCAUGAAGAUCUGAAGAAGCUUUACACCAUGGCUGGAGUGAACAAUGAUAAUACUGUCUUCCUCUUCACAGACACACAGAUCGUAGUUGAAGAGUUUCUUGAAGAUAUCAACAAUAUCCUCAACUCUGGAGAGGUGCCCAAUCUCUUUGAACCUGAUGAGUACGAGAGGGUGAUCAUCGGCUGUCGGCCCGCUGCCAAGGAAGCAGGAAUCUCAGAAGGCAACAGAGAAGAAAUCUACAACUUCUUCAUCAGUCGCGUCCGGAAGAACCUCCAUAUCGUGCUGUGUAUGAGUCCUGUUGGAGACUCCUUCAGGGCAAGAUGUCGUAUGUUCCCGUCGUUGGUCAAUUGCUGUACCAUUGACUGGUUCGUGGAGUGGCCUAAGGAAGCCUUGCUCUCUGUAUCGAAAACCUUCUUUGAGAACAUGGACUUUGGACGUGAUGAUCUGAAGGAGAAAGUUGCAGAGAUGUGUGUAGAAAUCCACACAAGUGUCAGCUCCAUGGCUGAGCGGUACUAUAACGAGCUUAGGAGGAGAUACUACACCACUCCUACCAGCUACCUAGAACUCAUCAAUCUCUAUUUCUCUAUGCUGUCUGAAAAGAGAAGGCAAUUGGUGAAUGCAAGAGACCGUGUAAAGAAUGGUCUUGGAAAGCUCCUGGAGACCAAUGACCUUGUAGCCGACAUGGAGAUUCAGCUGACAGCCCUAGAACCCGAGCUGAAGAAGAAAUCUGCUGAUACAGAAAUCCUCAUGGAGAAGUUAGCUGUUGAUCAGGAAAAGGCUGAUCAGGUGAGGAAAGUUGUGCUUGAUGAUGAAGCAACAGCCACGGUGAAGGCCGAGGAGACCCAGGCCAUUGCCGAUGAUGCCCAGCGAGACUUGGAUGAGGCUCUACCUGCCCUAGAGUCUGCCAACAAAGCCCUGGAUUCCUUAGAUAAGAGUGAUGUAGCCGAGUUGAAGGUGUUCAAUAAACCGCCCGACAUGGUUAUGACAGUCAUGGAGUCCAUUUGCAUCUUACUCGGAGUCAAACCUGACUGGCCAAGUGCGAAGGUGUUGUUGGGCGAUCCCACUUUCUUGAAGAAACUGAUGGAUUAUGACAAAGAAAAUAUUGCAGACUCCCUUCUUAGGAAGCUCAAGAAGUACAUUGAAAAUCCAAAGUUUGUGCCUGAUAUUGUUGAAAAGACAUCCAAGGCCUGCAAAUCUAUGUGCAUGUGGGUGAGAGCCAUGGAUCUGUAUGCCAAAGUCUUCAAAACUGUCGAACCUAAGAAGCAAAAACUGGCUGAAGCUGAGGGAGAAUUGGCAGCCGUAAUGUCUGUCCUAGCAGAAAAGCAGAAGAAGCUGGCUGAUGUUGAAGCCCAGAUUGCAGAACUUCAAGCCUCCUAUGAACACAGUGUGAAUGAGAAAGAAACACUUUCCAAGAACAUGGCACAGACAGCUGCAAGAUUGAAGAGGGCUGGCAAACUGACCACUGCUCUGGGAGAUGAACAAGGGCGUUGGGAGGAAACAGUCAAGGAAUUCAACAAGGAGAUUGGUAAUGUCGUAGGCAAUGUGUUUGUGGCUGCUGCUUGUGUUGCGUACUAUGGUGCCUUCACCAGCUCAUACCGUGUGGAGCUUGUCAACUAUUGGACAGCGAGAUGCAAGGAACUAGACAUACCUGUUACAGAUGACCUAACACUCAUCAAGGUUUUGGCCGAUCCCUUUGAGAUUCGCCAAUGGAAUGCUGAUGGUCUACCCAGAGAUGCUGUGUCAACAGAGAACGCUAUUCUUGUCACUAGAGGGCGCAGGUGGCCCCUUAUGAUUGAUCCACAAGAACAGGCUAACCGCUGGAUUCGUAACCGGGAAGCCAAGAAUGGUUUGAAGGUCAUCAAGCUGACUGAUCAGAACUUCCUACGAACACUAGAGAAUGCUGUACGCGUGGGACUCCCUGUCCUCCUAGAGGAUCUGGCUGAAACACUUGAUCCUGCACUGGAGCCCAUCCUUCUCAAGCAGACCUUUGUCCAGGGUGGUCGUCUUCUGAUUCGUCUUGGAGACAGUGACAUUGACUAUGACAAGAACUUCCGCUUCUACAUGACAUCCAAGAUGGCCAAUCCUCACUACCUACCUGAGAUCUGUAUCAAGGUUACCAUCAUCAACUUCACUGUCACCAAGUCUGGACUCGAAGAUCAGCUGCUCAGUGACGUUGUCCGUUUGGAGCGUCCAGAUCUUGAGGAGCAGCGAAAUCAGUUGAUUGUGAGGAUCAAUGCAGACAAGAACCAACUCAAAGCCAUUGAGGAUCGAAUCCUGAAGCUGCUGUUCGAGUCUGAGGGUAACAUCCUAGACAAUGAAGAACUCAUCAACACUCUCAACGAAUCCAAGGUUACAUCCGGUGUGAUCACCAAGCGUUUGGAGGAAGCUGAACUGACAGAAGAGAAGAUCACUGUGGCCAGAGAGAAGUACAGAGUGGUAGCUUCCAGAGGAUCUGUCAUGUACUUUGUGGUGGCCUCACUAGCAGAGAUUGAUCCUAUGUACCAGUUCUCCCUCAAGUACUUCAAAAAUCUCUUCAACCUGUGUAUCGAGACCAGCGAGAAGAACAGUGAUCUUCAGGAGAGGCUUAAGAUCUUGCUUCGUCAGACAACAAUUCAGGUCUACACCAAUGUCUCCAGGGGUUUGUUUGAAGUGCACAAGCUGGUCUUUUCAUUCAUGUUGUGUAUCGACAUCAUGAGGCAGGAGAGCAAAGUGACUGAUGAAGAAUGGAACUUCUUCCUUCGUGGUGUUGCUGGCAUGGACAAGGAACGUCCAGCGAAGCCUGACAUUCCCUGGUUGGCGGACACUGUGUGGAACACCUGCUGUGACCUUGAUGACUGUAUCCCAGCAUUCAAGGGUUUCAUGAAAGAGAUUGUGGCUGCACCUAUCUUCUGUACGAUGGGAAGGAUGGAGGUGAGACCCAACCCUAAGACAUGGGAAGGAUAUGGACCUGCCCUGCCCCCAUGGGUCCCUCCCCCCGAAGGGGAAGAAGAACAGCAACAAGAUGAUGGUAAAAUCAAGGGUCAUUACGAGGAAAGACUGACCAGCUUCCAGAAACUCAUGAUGAUCAAAUGCUUCAAGGAAGAGAGUGUCGUGUUCUGUGUCACAGACUUUGUGAGUGAGAAUCUGGGCAAGACCUUUGUGGAGAGUCCACCAGUGGACCUGGCUACCCUAUACACCGACAUGACUCCAUCUACACCUUUGGUCUUCAUCCUGAGUACUGGGUCUGAUCCCAUGGGAGCAUUCCAGAGGUUUGCUAAGGAGAGGAACUACUUGGACCACAUCCAGGCCAUCUCUCUAGGCCAGGGCCAAGGUCCCGUCGCUGAGAAACUAAUAGAUGCUGCCGUCAAGAAUGGAGACUGGGUCUUCCUACAGAAUUGCCAUUUAGCAGCAUCAUGGAUGUUGAGUCUGGAGGAUAUCAUCAAGGCAUUUGGUGAGCCAGGUGCUGAGAUCCACGAAGACUUCCGUCUCUACCUGAGCUCCAUGCCUACAGACAAGUUCCCUGUCGCUGUCCUGCAGAACAGUGUCAAGGUUACCAAUGAGCCCCCCAAGGGCCUCAGGUCUAACAUCAGGAGAGCUUUCUCCGAGAUGACUGCGCAGGACUUUGAAGAACAUAUCCUGGGAAUGUCUUGGAGGAAGAUGAUCUUUGGCAUCUGUCUCUUCCAUGCUAUCAUCCAGGAGAGAAAGAAGUUUGGUCCUCUCGGCUGGAACAUAAAGUAUGAGUUCAAUGAGAGUGAUAGAGAAUGUGCCUUGGAGAACCUGAAGAUGUUCCUUGCUGAUGGUGAGAUUCCUUGGGAUGCACUUAUCUACAUCACUGGAGAGAUCACCUAUGGAGGCAGAGUAACGGAUGCUUGGGAUCAGAGGUGUCUCAGGACCAUCCUCAAGAGGUUCUUUGCUCCUAACACCUUGGAAGAAAACUACAAAUAUUCAGAGUCAGGUAUCUACUACAGCCCUGAUAUGGAUACCCUUGGUGAAUACAGGAAAUACAUUGAAGAUCUACCUAUCAUUGAUGAACCAGAGAUCUUUGCUAUGCACGAAAAUGCCAACAUUAGCUUUCAGCGUCAAGAGACUCAAACUCUGAUCUCCACCAUCUUGGAGGUUCAGCCUAGGAUGGGAGGAGGUGGAGGAGGCAAGACGAAUGAUGACAUCGUCUUUGAAUUAGCGGAAAGUAUUCUCUCCAAGAUACCAGAGAAGCUGGACAUUGAUGAAGCAUGGCAAGAAAUGUUCAAGCCGGAUGACAAGGGACGUACCAACUCUCUCACCACUGUUCUUGUUCAAGAAGUGGACAGAUUCAACAAACUUCUUAUAGUAUUGAAGAGUUCACUGAAGACCAUCCAGAAAGCCAUCAAGGGUCUGGUGGUAAUGUCUGAGGAACUUGAGAUGGUGUACAACAGCUUCCUCAACAACCAGGUUCCUACAAUGUGGUCCGAUGCAGCCUACCCAUCCCUCAUGCCUCUAGCUUCAUGGGUCAAGGACCUUCUUCUCAGAGUUGGAUUCAUAGGGCAUUGGAUCCUCCAUGGGCCUCCAAAGUCUUUCUGGAUCUCUGGUUUCUUUUACACUCAAGGUUUCUUGACCGGUACUCUGCAGAACUACGCACGAAAGUACGACUACCCCAUUGACCAGCUCAGCUUCCACUUCCGUACGAAGCCCCUUUACCGAGACCAGGCUGAAGUUGCUAUUCAACAAGAUCAACUCAGCUUUGGACAGGUCACUGAUGCUGACAAGGAGAAAGCAGCAGGUGAUGGUAAAGAUCUUGAUGAGGAACUUCCUGAGAUCAAGGACGGUGUAUUGAUCCAUGGUUUGUUCAUGGAUGCAUGCCGAUGGGACGAUGAUAACAUGAAGCUUGCUGAUGCCAAGUUUGGUGAGAUGAAUCCACCGCUACCAGUCGUGCACAUGGAGCCAGAGAUGAACUUCAAACCUGAUGAAACAGAUUACAACAGUCCGCUCUACAAGACCGGACUUAGAGCUGGCACUCUGUCUACCACUGGUCAUUCUACCAACUUUGUGGUUGCCAUUCACCUGCCCUCAGACCUCCCUCAAGAUUACUGGAUCUCUAAAGCCUCAGCUCUACUCACUCAGCCACUGGAAUAAACAAAAGAUAUAACAUGAAUUGAAUAGAUGACAACGUGAAGAACUUGAACUGUAUGCCAAAGAUGUACUUACAGUAUAGUUGAGGUCCAUAAGAUAUAUCAGAGAUAAACAAAUGUUGGCUUGGAAACAUCACAUGGUUUAUAAUAGUAAGACAUAUGCCGUGCAAAAAUGUCAGUGGACCAUCAUUUUAUUCUCCAUUAAAAUUACAUUCCAGUAGAUCAGUACAUUGACUGAUUUUGUUGUUAGAGCCUUGGUAGGUACAAUUUUCGAGCCUUAGUACAACGUAUCACAGCUUGCACAAUGUAAGAAAGAAUUGUCUAUGAAAGCAGAAUAUCAUAGUAGCUCAACUAUGCCUUUAUGUAUGUUGUUCUGUUAAUAGUUUGGUUUUAUUUGCUUGCUUGAGAUACAUGUAAAACAAUUAAUGGCUGUAAAUGAGCAGUGCUUACAAACAAAAUAUUUAGAUAGUGUGAGAUAAGAAGGAUUUUUUAAUGAGACCAUGGAAUAAACAUUCUUGUUAUUUACAAAAUCCAUUGUAUUGUGCAAUGUAUGAUAUUAUUGAGUAUUCAUUAUACAUAACAUAUAUUUUAUUCAUGUAAUAAAGGUGUACAAAAUUGUAAAAUAUAUAGAAAGUAAGAAGACUUUUGUUGGUCUUAAAGUGUAUACACAUGUAUAUAUAUAACAUGACAAUAACAAAUGCAUAUGCCUUUCUACUUUCUAUGUAAUAUCUGUCUCAGAAUAUGUUGAGUUCAUAAUUCACUUGUCUCUUUUCCAAUAAUAUGAUAUCUAUGCAUUAUCAUCUGAAUAAUAAUAUGUCGUCUUUCAAGAGAAACUAAUUUAAGAAAUAUCUACAUUUAAUGCCUUACUCAUGUCCUGCCUUCAAUAAGCUAUCAAUAAACGGAUAUGCAAAGUGCAUCGUCUUUCAUUGGGUUCAACGAGCCAUGUGUUUAUCAGAAGAAUAUCAUUCAAAUAUUGUUGUUCAGCAAAUGGAUAAAGAAGUUUUUACAUAAUGGAUUUUCCCAAUUUUGAACAUUGAAUGAACAGACUUUAAAGAAUUAUAAAUAAAUAUGUGUAAGUGUAAAUAUACUUGUAGUAAGUGGAUGAAGACUGCAUGGCAGUACAGUAGAGUUAAUUAGUAUCACUAAAUGAUUCUUUAACUAGUAUGUUGAAUGCAGCAAGGAUGCAAAGAAGUAAAUAAGCUGUGAAACCUAAAUAUUGAUGUCUUUAUCUGAGAAACUGUACUUGAAGAUUAAUGCUGUACAUAAGGAUAUUAAUAUGCUGACUUGGUUCUCUUCAUUACAGCUUCUUUUGGGGGCUUUAAUUUGAAGUUCAUGUAUAUAUUAUAUUUAUAGAAUCUAUAACAAUUGAAGUGCAGAAUGGACUAUAUUUUCCUUUUAGUCAGAAAUGUUUCACAAUCUGAGCAUAGCAUAUUGAUAUGAGAUUUUUUUUUUAAUGUAUGAAAGCUUCAUUUGACAUUCAGCGGAUAAAAAGAUUCCAUUUGUUAAUAAUUGUACAUAGCAGUACCAAGUGAUUUAUAUAUCAAUACAUGGCUAUGUUCAACCAUUGUGUCUGCACAAGAUAUUUUCAUAUUGAUAUUUAGUUGUUUAUUUGAUGACUGGUAUGUAAUAGUUUGGAAUUCAUUGUAAGUCUUAUUCUUCUAUUGACUAAUAACUAACUUAUUUUUAAUGUGAAAAUGUCCAAUAUGUAUCAUUAUUAUCAUUAUUGUUGCAUUGGUAAAAUGAGUUCUCUCUCAUGGGGAGUAUUUUUUUUCUUCUUAUCUUAUAAGUCUCAAUUUUUCUUUAAAUUUCUUCAAGUCCGAUUCCAAUGAAUUGGUAUUCAUUGUUGCCUGCUGAGUGGAGGUUACAUUUUUAUAUUUUGGAAAUACCGCAUUCAAAUAGUUUACAGCACAUUCCUAAGGGGGUUUGUAGUACAUGUAUGCAUAUGUACCGGUAUGUUUAUUUUUCUGUUUACUAUAAUGUACAUUAUAAACUUCUGUUUAAAAAUCUUACUGAUCUCAACAAUACACAAAUUCUGGAUGUUUUACUAACAUAUACAUUGCAAAUUCCAUUUGUCAUAUCUUCAAAGCAUAAAUAUUUAUUUUGAAUGAAUUGUGCCUUGAAGAAGAAUUAUACUCUUUGUGUCCGUCCAUAUGUUACCUCGUCCUUCUUGUUGUUGCUUUGUAUAUAUAUAAACUAUCAACCUUGCGAUUGAAGUGUAUUCCAAAUAAAGUGCUUAUUUUCACGAAAGUAAA